AUGAUGAAGCAUUCAGAAUCAGGGUCAUCGUCAAUGGGAAAGACUUGGGUGGAGGUCUGCCUAAUAUCAGCUCGAGGACUGCCUCGCUCUUCACUGUGGAAGUUUCAAUGGUACGCUGUUGGUUGGAUUGACCCUAAUAAUAAGUAUUGCACCAAGAUUGAUGCAUCAGGGAACCCAAAUCCUGUGUGGAAGACUAAGUUCACAACUGUCGUUGAUACCUCUGAGUCAGAUUUCCAGGACAUGACGCUCCACGUCGAAGUUUAUAGCAGGGAUCCCCUCUUUCUCAGAGAGAAACACCAGGGUAGUGCAACUGUUAUAUUAAAGGAGUUCUUAGCUAAACACUGCAAGAACGCUCAAGGCUCCACACAGGGUUUUCAAGAUGUAGGAAGCUUCCAGUUGAGGAAAAAGAACUCCAAUAAACCUCAAGGAUUUAUUGAUGUCUCUAUCAGGAUCUCAGAAGAAAAACAAGGAACAAGCUCACAUUUUUUUCUAGGAAAUGAGGAUGGAUUCAACUUACGGGACAGCAUUAGCAUGGCAAAUGAUGGAGGAACAUUGCAAGCUCACCCAGCAGGACACGUUGAACUUCCAUUUCACCAGCUAGGGAAUCCUCGUUCCCCUGUAUCUAUUCAAAAUCGUCCAUAUAACCAUCCUAUGCCAUACCCAACAAAUCAUACAAACCCUGCUGUUGCCGGGCCAAGUUAUCCACCAGCCAGCGGCCCUAAUCACCCAACAAACUAUUCAAAUCCAUCUUUUGGUAGGCCAAGUUAUCCGCUGACCAGAAUCCCUGGGUAUCAUCCACCUCCGGCAUAUGCCCCACCACCACCACCACCACCACUUUCUCAUGCCGGUUAUGUACCCACUUUUCUUCCACAAACCAAUGACCCAUCCACAUCAUAUAUUAACAUGCCAUCAUCAGGAGCAGGACGGGGUGGUGGGCCAGGGUUUGGUGUAGGUUUGGGCGCAGGAGCUCUAGCUGCUGGUGCUGUGAUCUUUGGUAGUGAUUAUAUGUCAGGAUUUGAACUUCCAACUGCCGGAAUUCGGGAUGCCAGUUUUACCAUGUUAACUGAUACUCCUUUCUGAUAGAGAUCCAACUCUCUCUCUCUCUCUGCUACAAGCUGCAAAUUGUAAUGUUACACGAACCGUUUUGUUUUGUAGUCUCAAAUCUUAUUACAGAUAUGAUUAAGUUGCAAAGAGCAACAAGUAUUUACAUAUUGAAUACCAGAUAAGCUGCUAAUUGUAAUGUUACAA